CGAGUCUGAGAGGGUGUGUGUGUGUGUUUUUUUUUUCUAGCACUGCAGCAUCAGCACACAGAGGCCACCAUCAAUUUGCUAGAGAGGAAGAAGCACAAGACUUCACCUCAAGGAAGAGAGGGAAAAUAUCAAAUAAGGAAAAAACGUGUGUCAAGUUGGAAGACAUCAGGAGGCGUGGACCUUCAAGAGACAGAGAGAGAAAGAGAGAGAAGGGGGAAUAAGAAACAGAGCCAGUGAAGAAGAGGGACGCUGAGAGAGGCUGGGGAGAUAAACUGCACUGGUGAAGCAGAAGGAGCAGAGAGAGUGACGAGGUGUUGAUUGUGUCUGCUGUUUGGAGGUUAUCCUCACAGCGUGUUUGAGCCUGGGAGCAGGUGCAGCUUUGAUGGAACAGUGAGCAAUGCCUACCACGCUACUACAGCAGGCUGGCAGCAGGGGGCGCCACCUAAAUCACCCACUCCUGCUCCUCUGUGCCCUUUUCCUUCUGGUGCUCACUCCUAUGCCAGGCCAGACUGCCAUCCAUAUUGCAGAAAACUACCGCAUAAAAGAACUAAAGACACCCCCGCAGAUAACUGCCCAACCUGAAUCCAUCAUUGCCUUCUCCUCUGAUGAUAUCAUGCUCAAGUGUGAGGCGUCUGGGAAUCCCCCUCCCACAUUUCGAUGGGUUAAAGAUGGACUAGCAUUUGACCCAUCCAGCAUCUCUGGUGUCACUACGUCUCUCGAUUCGGGGAGUUUUACGGUUAAAGAUGCUCCCAUUCAUCAGUUCCAUGGCAACUACAGCUGCCUGGCCUCCAACGAGCUGGGCACGGCUGUCUCCAACGAGGUCCACAUCAUCACCGAGGAUACUCCUACAAUACAACGGGAGAAGAAGGAGGAGAAGAAGGUAGAAGAAGGAAGUCCUGUUGUCUUACACUGCAACCCUCCGCAAAGUUCUGCGACUCCUUUGAUUCACUGGAUGGAUAAGAGGCUUCGGCACAUCCAGCAGAGCGAGCGUGUGAUUCAGGGCCGUGAUGGAAACCUCUACUUCUCUCAUGUGACCUUUGAGGACAGCAGAAGCGAUUACACCUGCAACGUGCAGUUUCUGGGAGCUCGCAUCAUUGUAGCCAAGGAACCCAUUAACCUGAGGGUCACACAGUCUAACUCACUGCGAAGCAGACGGCCACAGAUGAUGAGACCUACCGGCACUCACAGCACCUAUCUAGUCCUGAGGGGCCAAACACUCGAUCUGGAGUGUAUCGUCCAGGGCCUGCCCACUCCCUCCAUCCAGUGGGUGAGGAAGGACGGAGUGCUGUCUGAGUCUCGUACAUCCAGAGAGAACUUUGACCGGCUGCUGCGUUUCACCAACAUCUCAGAGCGGGAUGACGGGGAGUACCAGUGCACAGCCAGCAACUCCCAGGGCACCGUCACACACACUUAUACCAUCUCUGUGGAAGCUGCUCCAUACUGGAUUAAGGAACCAGUUAGUGAACUGUACGCCCCGGGAGAGACAGUCAGAUUGGAGUGUCAGGCAGAUGGGAUCCCAACUCCGCAAGUCACCUGGAGUAUCAAUGGAUUUCCUCUCUCGGAUACAGACCCAGACGUGCGGCAAACUGUAAAAGGAGGAACUCUCAUACUGCGAGAUGUGGAGCUCAGCGACACUGCAGUGUACCAGUGCAAGGCCUCUAACAAACACGGCACCAUCCUUAUCAACACCUAUGUCUUCGUCAUUGUGCUUCCUCCACAGAUCCUGACAGAGGACUCGUUGUUGUACAGAGUGACAGAGGGAAAGACGGCCAAGUUGCAGUGCAUGACCUUUGGUUCACCUCGCCCGAAAGUCACAUGGGAGGGUGAAACCUGGGACUCUGUGAUGUCUAACUCCAGGAUGAAUCAGCUAAGCAAUGGUACUCUAGAGAUUAGUAAUGUGUCACACAAUGAUACAGGUGUGUACACCUGUUCAGUGGGUGAAGACAAACUCACCAUCACUGCUGAGCUGGAAGUCCUCAACCGGACAGUGAUUGUGAAGCCACCGCAGGCUCUGUAUGUUCAGAAGGGGAAGAUGGCCACCUUCACCUGUCAGUACCAGAUGGACAGCAAUCUGGGUCCACCUCAAAUCCUGUGGAGGAAAACCAACAAGAAGCUUUAUGAGUCCUCUGAUGUAGACAAGUACUUAAUUGAUGAGACAGAGCUCAUAGUAAAUGAUGUCCAGGAUGAAGAUGAGGGUGUUUAUAGUUGUGAGGUCAUAACGAGUCUGGACAUGGCUGAAGCUAGUGGCAGCCUCACAGUUGUUGAUCGACCGGACCCUCCUUCCAUGCUGCAGAUCACUGAGCCUGGAGUUCACUCAGUAACUCUGUUAUGGGUUCCUGGAGAUAACCACAAAAGCCCUAUUUUAGAGUAUGUGGUGGAGGCUGAAGAGACUGGCGCUGACACGGAGGAGUGGGAGGAGCUUGUGCGGGUAGCUGGAGACACUCGGCGCACCACGCUCCCACUGAAACCCUUCCUCUCGUACCGCUUUCGGGUCAUCGCCAUCAAUAAGAUCGGCAAGAGUGACCCCAGCCAGCCCUCAGCAGCUUACUCCACUCCUGCAGCUCGACCGAGCAGUAACCCUGAAGGAGUGCACAGCGAGUCCCUCGAACCAGACACACUUGUCAUCACAUGGAAGGAGAUGGAUAGAAGGAGCUUUAAUGGCCCAGAUUUCCGCUACAAAGUGAUGUGGAGGAAGGUUGUAGGCAGUGGGCCAUCUUGGCACUCAAACUUUACCACCUCUCCACCCUUUGUUGUCAUGGACGUGGGCGAUUUCAGCGCAUUUGACAUUAAGGUGCAGGCUGUUAAUGAUCUUGGAGAAGGCCCAGAACCCAAAUCCACCAUCGGCUACUCUGGAGAGGAUUAUCCCUUGGAGGCUCCUCUGAAUGUAGGAGUGAUUCUGCUCAACAGCACUGCCAUCAGGGUAACGUGGGCCCCAGUGGACAGAGACACCGUGAGGGGACAUCUGAUGGGCUACAAGAUCCACCUGGCGUACUUCGGCUCCUGCGGCAAACACCAUCACCAAAAGUGUAUCAGCGGGGAAGGUGAGCCACUGAAUGAGGCUGUAGUGACAACAGGAGCUGAUGAGGAGAAAAAGGAUCUGGGAGGCCUGCGGCCGUAUUCCUCCUAUUCUCUCACGGUUAGCGUCUUCAAUAGCAAAGGAGACGGACCCGAGUCAGAAGCCCGGCCCUUCCAGACGCCCGAGGGAGUUCCUGGUCCUCCCACUUCUUUGAUAUUGCUCAGUCCGUCUGAGACAGAGAUGACGCUCCACUGGACUCCACCUGCUCAAGAAAAUGGAAUUCUGGUCGGAUACCUACUGCAGUACCAAGAGCUAGACAAUGUGGACAGCCCCAUGCAGGUGGAGAAGAUUGAUGACCCCACAGUGCAUCAGCUAAGCAUUAAAGAUCUGGACCGUCAUAGCCGUUACCGUUUCUACCUGCGGGGGCGCACUGCAGCCGGAGAAGGCUUGCCCAUCACCAAAGUGGGAGAGACGACACUUGAUGGAGCUCCACCGCGCAACAUUAGUCUGUCUGUUGGGGAGACAGCAGUUAAUCUAAGCUGGGUUUCUCCUGAGAGACAAAGGAACAUAGGUUUCCACAUCCACUACCUGAGGAAGAAUGGCCAUGGAGGAUGGAUGCAGUCAGAGAAAGUGAAUACGUCUCAGUCAUUUUACUCCCUGCAGGGUCUCCAGCCUGGAUCUCAUUACCGCUUGCGCUUCGUCUUUAGCAAUGGUACCUUCUGGGAAACUGACAUACAGACAGAAGGAGCAGGAGUGACAGAGAUGCAGAGUAGCUUUGCUACUGAAGGCUGGUUUAUUGGGCUCAUCAGCGCCCUCGUGCUGUUGUUGCUGCUUCUGCUCAUUCUCUGCUUUAUCAAGCGAAGCAAAGGUGGAAAGUACUCAGUGAAAGACAAGGAGGAGGGCCAGGUGGACUCAGAGUCUCGGCCGAUGAAGGACGAGACGUUUGGGGAGUACAGAUCACUAGAGAGUGACAACGAGGAGAAGCGCACGGCCAGCCAGCCGUCUCUGUGCGAGGACAGCAAGCUGUGUAGCGACGACGGCCUGGAUGAUUACGGCAACAGCCACAGCGUUCACACCAAGGUGACCAUGGACGAGUCUCUGGCCAGUCAGUACAGCGGAGUUAGAGACGGGCCAGAGAUCGAGAGACAUGACAGCUCGCCCCUCAAAUCUGCCGCUACCAACCAAGGCCUGCCCAACUCUGCUGCUGUCCUCGACUAGCGGGGCAGCGUGAGCAGAAGAAUCAAACCUGGACUCACAACUCGUAUCUGAAUGACUGACCAAACAAUCAAUAUUACACAGAGUGCAAUGUCAAUGUGUACACUAAAGGAAAUGCCAAGUAAAAAAAACACCAGAUACAAUGCUGGGACUGACUUUAGACAUAAUCAGACCAACUCUUUCAUCUCUGGUAGAGCCAGAAGGGAGGAAUUAUUUACAAUAGACUAGACUACCCUUAUGUGUGGGGACUGCCAAUGUUUGCAAACUGUUUACAGAUAAAAAUCUCUGUUCUCUUGUAAUAUAUCGUUUAAGAGUAGACCGCAACAAGCAUCCCAGUUUCCUGCCUGAUACAAUGACUUCUUAUGCAGAAUAGACUUUAUUAAAGGAAAAAUCCACCUUGAACAACUUAAAUAUUAAUAUUUAUAAUUCAGUGGUUUCCAAUAUUCAUUUUGUAAUAAAAAUGUAAUUAGACAUUUUUAGUUUCAUCAACAUACUGGUCUAUUUUCACUUAACAGUUUCCUACAAUACCCACAAUGCCUUUGAUAGUUGCAUGAGUGGGAUUUAGCCCUUGCUUCCGAUCUAAAUAAAGAGAGCGAUGCAGCUGUGCUUUAGUCCUUUAGUCUGUUCAGCUCUCUCACCUCAUCAUCUGUACACUCUGCUCAAACAGCUCAGCUUCCUAAACAUUACCUUUCACGCCAGUACCACCACCACGACCACCAUCGCGCUCGUCAUCUUGUAGUUCACUAUCUAGCUGAGCUGAGUCUCUGCUGUAACUCAGCACAAUUAUCCGCAUUGCAUUCCCGAGCUUUGAAUCCAACGUUUGCAUCAAUGUCUCCACUAUUUCUACAUCUGCAUUCUCAUUAAUAUGAUAUUGAACAGAAAAUAGUGGAAGAGAAAAGAAGCUCUUUUGUUUUUAGGAGCUAACACAAAACCUGACCAUUAUCCCUUUUGUUUAAGAUUUAAAAAUGUUUUUUUCUCCUAUUAAACACCAUUGUAACUGCGCUACCAAUGUCACCCUGUGACGUUAGACCAGCACACCUCUAACUUCUCAAAAUACAGCACCAACCAACAAAUUAGCACCAGAAUCAUUAAAAACACAUCACAAAUAUUUCAAUAUAAACACAUUUAAGGUGUUUCAGGGUAGAGUUUUCCUUUAAUGAUGACAAUUUUUAAAGUGACGCAUUAGAUUUAACGUGACAAGGACACAUAUAGACUCCACGUGGUUAAUGCCAAAUACAGGACAGUGUGAGCAGCAGAGAAAGAGAAACGCAGGGAGAUUGAGGGCCUUAAAAUCCUGGUAAGUGCAUCAUGCAAGCAUAUGUAUGACACACUGCAUAUGGAUUGCAUUGAUGUAGUUCAUUAUUAUAUCUAUAUAUAUAUAUAUAUAUAUAUAUAAAUAGUUAUGUGGUUCACCAUUUCAUUGUCUUGCCUCAUUGUUUGAGAUCUAUGCAUUUUUUUUAUUUGAUUUAAAAAAAAAAAAAUUUUUGACACUUUUGUGAAUCAUGUCAUCUUCGGUUAAAUCUUUUCUUGUAUGUGUGUUUUUUUCCUUCAUUUUGCAUCCUUCUAGAAUAUACGCAUCGAGGACUCCAUAGCCAAGCUGCCAGCACUUAGAAUUAUAUCCAAUGCAAUGAUCCGCUGAAAUGAGGUGCUUUAUAUCAGGCUGUAUGUAGUCAUAUCUAGCAGUUAGCCAUGUCCAGUAUUAGAGAGCUGUCAUCUCAGAACCCUGUUUCACCACCAUUUUCAGCUCUAACAUUCUCAUUUGUGUGUCGCUCCCUAUAUGUGUGUGUCGCUUUGUAUUGUAGUCUGCAUAGUGUAUUAAAUGAUGUAUACUGACAAAUCCUCUCUUGCAGUCCUGUUGGUAUAAAGCCAUAUGAAUACACUUCCGAGGUGUAAUCGGGUAUGAGGUAGUAUUGAGGUUGAUGGGGUUGUGAGAGAGCACAUCACACAUACACACAUACACUAAUUUCAGCUUGGUUAAAACAAUCAUGUGUAAUUAACCCAGUUUGUGUCCUACACAGAGAAUGUAUGCUUUGUUGGGGUUGGAAUUUUGAUUCCUUACCUGUAUACCAAAUAGCAUUUGUUCCUGGUUCGAUGUGUGAUGUGUGUGCUGUCUUUAAGUUUGGAUAAACAGUGUUAUGUGAAUAAAAUUGAACAAGAACAAAACGAGACGCUUGCUAAAAAAAAAAAAAAAAAAAAAGAGUUUCAGUUUUGUUUUUCUGAAGAAAUUGAGAUGAGGCUUAAGAGGAAAAAAAGCUCUCAAAAUAUAUUUGAAUGUAAAUAAAUCCCAAAUGAUUGUUUUGCUAUGGCCUCUAUUUGUAACCGUGUCUUGUUGAUUACCAUGGGUUUUGGGGUUGUUAAUGUUUUAAUUCUUAACCUUUGACCUUUUGUCUAGUUAGUUAUAACUGUUCUAGUUAAGUAGAGAAUAGUUUUUUGAAAACUUAAAAAGGGAAGUCCGAACAAGCUGUCCUUUCAUAUUGCGAUAAAAUCCAAUCACAUCUUUUUUAGAAAAAGCAAAAAUAAAACUUCACUGGCCAUUCACCAAAACACAAUCGGCUUCAUCAGAGAAUUCAUUUCCUGUACUGUUUGCUUACGAGUUGCAGUAUUGUGUGUAUCUGUUGCAAAGCAAUUCCUGCGCAAGCACUAUGAGGAAGCUGAGAUACUCAAGUCUUGUUUGUAUCCUGCACACACACAUACAUAGGGACAAUUUACAAUGUGCUGACUUAAGCUCGUUGAAAGCACGAAGUUCCCUGCAGUGAAGUGUACUCUACAGGGAAGUGUGUGAUGCAGUAAGGCUGGACUGCUGGUUUUAAUAUGUUGGCCUCUACGUUGCUGCUGUACAGACACACUCAGGACAAAGUUCUCCUAGACGUUUAUUUUCAUACAGGAGGAAUAAGUGAUAUGAAUUCUGUCAACGUUCAACCGAACUGCUGCUAGACGUCCGUGCUCUGUUAAUGUCCGAGAAAAGUCAACUUGCAGAUAUCCAAUAUACAGCUGUUUUGCUUUUCAGAAGGAUGUAGCUGCAACAUUGCCUGUUGUCAUAUGUCAUAUUACUGUGGCAUUUUACUUAUAAAUAUAAUGUAGUUUCUGAUUAUUUCAAAUCUACUCUAGGCUCAGUUCUAGCUCCAAGACUAGACAUCGCUUGAUUCAGAGUAUCUCUCAUAUCAUGUAUAUCCUAUGUUUGUUUAUGAUCUAAUGAAAUCUAAUGAUAUGUUAAAUAAAUUGGGUCUGAAUGAGAGGACUGCACUUGUAACUGACUGAUGAAUAGCCAUGUCCGUGUUGCUUUUCCUUUGUGUUUGUCUAUGCCGUGGUGCUGAGUGGAGAACUGGCCCAGUGACUGGGGUGGGCUUGUAAUAGAAAAUGAUACUGUAUGUGAAUCAUGAAUCAGCCACUGUAUGUAAAUGCUUCAAAAAUAAAAUCCAUGAAACAAA